UUGAUGAUAGAACAGACAGGUAAAUAUAGUGUAAAAAGCUUGGUGAUCAUUGUUUCAUAUGACUAUAUAUAUUUGCAUUUAUUAUUGUUUUAUGGCUUAAUGAGGUAACUUUAUGCUUCAUCCUUUAAAUGGGGUUUUGAAUAUUUCUUCUGUUUCUUUUUUUGUUUUUUUUUUGUUUUUUUGUUUCCUUAUGGGGUUACUUUGGUUGUUCUAAAUUAAUGCUUCUGGAUGAAGUAUUCACUAAACUAUUCUAAGUUUGAUUUCGGGAGCAUCUCUGUAAUUGAUUCUUUCAAUUGUCUCUGAUAUUGAUUUGGAUGAAUCCGUGACUCUGAUUCUGUUUGCCUAAUAAAAUUUUUAGGAGCCAAUAAGAGUUUUAUGUGUUGGUAAUGUUCAGAUGAAUAAUGAUAGCAUGGAUUUAUAUGCGUCCCACUCUGAUUCAAUGAUUCUCAUCAGAUGAUGAUGAUAUCUCUUUUUUAUGUUGUGUUGGAGGGUGAAGCAGACUUUAGUCGUCAGACCAUGUUCUAUGGUUCUAAAAUGGGGAGUAAAUGGGUUUUUCUUCUUGCUUCAUGAUAUUAAUUGAUAAUUUAUUAGACAGUUAAUCAAAUGGGGGGAGUGUGUUCAAGGAAGAGAGGCCAACAGGUUGUUGAAGAUGGAAUGCGUAGAGGGGUUUCUGGAAGGUAUGGGAAAAGUGGUAGUUCAAAGUGGCUUGUAUCCUCCUUUUCACGGCCCAUGGUAGUUCACCAGCCUGGAGUGGCCGUUUGUCCAUCUCUCAUGGAAUUAUGCAUCAAUAAAAUAUGCGAAGACAUUGACCAGUAUAGUUCAUUUGCAAUGCUGCCAAAAGAUAUAAGUCAACAGAUUUUCAACAAGUUGGUUUUAUCCCAUCUUCUGACUGAUGUUUUUCUUCAAAAGUUUCGCGAUUGUGCUCUUGAGGAUGUUUGGUUGGGUGAGUGUCCUGGGGUGCAGGAUAGUUGGAUGGAUAUCAUCUCUUCACAAGGGACAUCAUUACUUUCUGUUGAUCUUUCUGGCUCUGAUGUGACAGAUACUGGUUUGGGUCUUCUAAAAGAGUGCUCAAGCCUCCAAACCUUAACUUUUAACCAUUGUGAAAACAUUUCAGAAAUUGGGCUGAAGCAUAUCAGUGGCCUAAUGAACUUGACGUCUUUGAGUUUUAAAAAGAGCGAUGCAAUUACUGCUGAAGGAAUGCGUGCCUUUUCCAGCUUAGUUUACUUGGAAAAGUUGGACCUGGAAAGGUGCUCUGGAAUUCACGGAGGAUUUGUGCAUCUUAAAGGUUUAUCUAAACUUGAGUCUCUUAAUAUCAGAUGCUGUAAAUGCAUUACAGACUUGGACUUGAAGGCUAUUUCAGGUAAUUUUGACAAUUUUGUUAGGCUAAUUGAAGACUGCUGCUUUUAUACAUCAGGGUUUAAUAAUCUGAAGGAGUUGCAAAUAUCGAACAGUAACAUUACAGAUUUUGGACUGUCUUAUUUGAGAGGUUUGCGCAAGCUUAUCAUGUUGAACCUGGAGGGAUGUAAUGUUACCGCUGCAUGCUUGGAUUCCAUCUCAGCUCUUGUCGCUUUGGCAUACCUAAAUCUUGGAAGAUGUGGCCUAACUGAUGAUGGAUGUGACAAGUUUUCUGGACUUAAGAAUUUGAAGGUAUUGAGCCUGGCAUUUAACAAUAUAACAGAUGCAUGUUUAGCUCACCUAAAAGGAUUAACAAAGUUGGAGAGCCUGAAUUUAGAUUCAUGUAAAAUUGGCGAUGAAGGCCUUGCUAAUUUGACAGGCCUUUCACUCCUUAAAAGUCUAGAGUUGUCUGAUACUGAAGUUGGAAGUAAUGGGCUUCGACACCUCUCUGGAUUGACUCAUCUGGAGACCCUGAAUCUAUCAUUCACUUCAGUGACUGAUAGUGGUCUAAAAAGGUUAUCUGGAUUGACCACUCUCAAGUCACUUAAUCUGGAUUGUCGCCAAAUUACAGAUGCUGGGCUGUUGGCUCUGACAAGUUUGACUGGACUGAUGCAUCUGGAUCUUUUUGGGGCUAGGAUUUCAGACAUUGGAACAAAUUAUUUACAAUGCUUCAAGAAUCUCCAAUCCCUUGAAAUAUGUGGAGGGGGUUUAACUGAUGCUGGGGUCAAAAAUAUCAAAGAUCUUGCCUCUUUAACACUAUUGAACCUUUCACAAAACUGCAACCUGACAAACAAAUCCUUGGAAUUGAUUUCAGGACUGACUGGGUUGGUGUCACUAAAUGUUUCAAAUUCUCACAUAAGCAACGACGGUUUGCCGUAUUUAGAGCCUCUGAAGAAUUUACGCUCGCUCUCUUUGGAGUCCUGCAGGGUAACUGCCUCUGAAAUCAAGAAGCUUCAAUCAACUACCCUUCCCAAUCUUGUCAGCUUUCGACCAGAAUAAUGCUCUGGGGGGAACUGUUAACAUAUGCUGUAAAUAGUUGCUAUCAUCAACUGGAGGUAGCUCUCUCUACAAUUUAAUGAGUGUAUUUAAGCGUGAUAUGCUCAGGUAAAUGUGCAAAUUAUGUGGACAAUCAAUGUAAGGGGAUUGUAAAUAUGCUUGGCUGCUGAAUUUGGCAAUUUCCUCUUCUUGUUUGAAGAAACAAAUAAAAAAAAACAUACGUACAUUGACCUUCUAUGUUUAUUCAAACUGUUUUCUGCACAUUGCCUCCCAAGU